GGAACAUACGAUUCCCCAUACUGUGUACUGGAACAUACGAUUCCCCAUACUGUGUACUGGAACAUAUUUUCCCCAUACUGUGUACUAGAACAUAUACAGCACACUCUGUAAAGGCAAAAAUUGUUCCUUGUAGAGAGUUCAUGAACACAGGACUUGAUUUGGUUCUUUUGAAAAUUAUGUCGAAAAUAGAGAAAUGUUCCUUAUUUACAGAGGUAUUCCAUCAGAUAUGUUUUCUUGUGUUCAUAUUUCCAGUACUAAGACACGUAGAAACAACACAACCACCAAAACAUCUAACUAGAGUGUGAAUCCAAACCAGCUAUAUACACAGGGCAAAAGAACUAUUACCUCUAAAUAAUACAUUAUCUACAUAUAUGCUCUAACUAUUUACAUAUAACACAUUUUGUUGUGACCUCCAUGCAAAACACAGAUGAUGAAAGAUAGUAGAAAUCCAGCAGGUGAGUGAUCAUUUAUGAUAUCCAGUAUUGUAUAAUAUCAUAUUUACAGCUUUCUAGGUGAUAAGUUCCAGUAUGAUAUGCAAUAAAACCCUGUCUUAGUGGAACACCUUUGGUACCUCUAAAAGUGUUCCACUUAGGGAGGUAUUC